AGUUAACUUUAAAUGCAAUAAAUUGUUGUCGAAAUUGCGGUUUUACGACGGAAUCCCUUCGAGACCUAAACGAAGUGAUAAUAUUUCAAAUGCUGUUGAAUUGGGCGCUAAAGCGGUUCCCAUUCACACUGACAGUAAAGACACCGAUUAUAAGCCACAGCCCGAUGACAAGCAAAUUGACACCAGUGUUGACCACAACAAAAAAGAGCCGAUCGAUAGCAGCAAAGUGUCCGAAACUAAAGUUGAAAUUAAAAGUGAUGUGAAUAAAGAGACAAAAUCUGAAACCAAAGAGAAUUCCAACUCAAUUGUCAGUAAAUUGAGUGAUACUAUCGAAAGCAAAGCAAAUGAACCCAAAGUGAUUGCAAACAAUGAUAAACCGAUUGAGAUCUCGAAGGAAUUGAUACCCAAUUUAAACGAAGCCAAACCUGACGUGAAUCCGGACGAGAACUCUGACGCUAAAGAGUCAGAAAAGAGUGCUGAAGAGGAGAACAAGUCGUGUGCCAUUAAAUCAGUGAAACUCAUUCGAAGUGGAAAUAAAGACAGACCGGAAUUUAGUUUUAAAAUUCAGGCUGUGAUAGCAGACGAAUCGCACGCCGGUCUCUAUAGUCUAUUCUUUCACAAUUGUCCCAAUUAUGGUUCGAGGGGUGGCUUCCGGAAGACCACAUCAUUUAACCUUAACAUUAGUAUAAGUGAAGACAAUUUGGGCAACUAUUUGUCCGCCGGAGAGAUACCGUUGCCUCAGCUCUACUUCGCUCUGUCCGUCAUAUUCUUCCUUUUGGGCGUCAUUUGGAUUCAUGUGAUUC